ACUGCCACCUGUCAGUGUCUGAGUUGUUCACUUGGCAAGAACUAUAAUUUUUGUUUUUAUUUUCAAGUUCGUUUGCAGGGAGCAAGAAUAGGGGACUGAUUCAGUGUGCUUGGGCAAUCUGCGCUGAGUGUUACAUUUGUGGACAUGAUGGAGAGGGAAGACAGUACGCAGAGUCUGCAAAAGGCCACAGCCUUGUUGGAACGGUCAGCGUCAACAUCAUCAGAAGGUUUUAAUGUGGCCAAAGUGCUGGUCAUAUACUCAGGUGGUACCAUUGGCAUGGUGAAUAAAUCUGGAGGAUACGAGCCUCAGCCGAACUGUAUGAUAGAGAAACUGAAAGCUAUGCCAAUUUUCCAUUGCCCGGAGAGUCGGAGUUACUUGACAGAAAAGGGGAUGGAGGACUUCCUCAUUCUUCAGGUAUCAAAUGUUACCAGACCAUCAGCGAAGGACCGGAGACAUGUGGUCUACAAGGUCGUGGAGUUUGACCCUCUGCUGGACUCUUCCAAUAUGUCUAUCACAGACUGGGUCAAGGUGGCCUCGUGUAUAAAGGAGAACUACCAUGACUACGAUGGCUUUGUGAUUCUGCACGGCACGGACACCAUGGCAUACUCCGCCUCUGCCCUGUCCUUUAUGUGUGAGAAUUUGGGCAAGACUAUCAUCCUCACUGGCUCACAGAUUCCGAUCUAUGAGACUAGGAGUGAUGGGCGGGACAAUUUCCUGGCUUCUUUGAUUAUUGCUGGCAACUACAUUAUUCCAGAGGUUUUGAUCUGCUUCAACGAGAAAGUGUUCCGAGGCAACCGCUGCAUCAAGUCAGAUUCGGGCAGCUUCUCCGCCUUCAGCUCUCCCAACAUGCCACCUCUUGUCACUCUGGAGAUAGAGAUCAAAGUGGACUGGACGGCUGUGUUCCGGCCAACGGAAAAGGAACGUUUUGUCAUCCACACCAACAUGUGCCCCAAUGUGGGACUCCUGAGGCUGUUUCCUGGCAUCACCUCACAGACGGUGCGAGCGUUCCUCCAGCCCCCGGUCCAGGGUGUAGUGCUACAGACGUACGGAGCUGGGAACGCGCCCAACAACCGGACCGACCUGUUGACGCUGUUCAAGGAAGCGUGUCAGUGGGGCGUGCUCAUCGUGAAUAUCUCCCAGUGUAGCCGCGGUAAUGUGGGAACGGCCUACGCUACCGGAGUGGAAGUGAACAAAGUGAAGGAGGCCAUCUACCCGUGCCUGAUGUGUGCAGCGGCUCAAGCAAAUGAUGUCCCAGCUUUGGAGAAACUCAGAUCUUCUGGCGGUGACCUGGGUAUGGAGAACCAGGACGGACGGACGGCGCUCCAUGUGGCUUGUCGACACGGCCACAUCAACACGGUCCACUAUCUCCUGGGACAAGGAGUCAGUGUGCACAAGAAAGAUUACCGUGGGGAAACUCCGCUGAUUGAUGCUAUAGAGGGAGGCCACCCAGACAUCAUCAGGUUGUUGAUUAAGACUGGAUCCAGCAUACCUCUCCCAGAGGGCCAAGUGGCAGUGAGAAUGUGCAGUGCUGUGGCAAAAGGUGACAUCAAGGCUGUGGAGAUGUGGCUGCUGGGAGGGGCAAAACCCAACUGGUAUGACUAUGACCAGAGGACCCCGCUCCAUGUGGCUAUCAGCUUGGAUAAAAAAGAAGUGGCCAGUCUGCUUAUCAAGGGUGGAGCGUCCGUGGAUGUGGAGGAUGUGUUUGGCAACACGCCUGCCAUUAUUGCGCAGAAAUUAGGUUAUGAUGACCUUAUGCCCCUGAUUAGUGGUGUCGUCAAUGGCACCGCCAAGGACAGCAACGGUGAAGGAGGAACAUAGGUGGUCUCCCCUGCCGCUGCUGCCCACACCCCAAGUAUGCUGAACUGACCUGAUGUGCUGAUGUGAAGACUGAUAAUGAGUUUGGUAAUUCGGCUGAUUACAUAUAAUUUUUAGAUUAACUCUUUUUAUGUCACAGUAGUUUCCACGGUUGUGCUGUUAGAGCAGAUUUGGAGUUUGUGUUGAGAGAGAGGCUUUUACCAGACUAUUUUAAUGUAAUAAAGUAGACCUGAAUGUGUAAUAUGUAAAAAUGAAGGCAAAAGAGUACAGUGAAAGAAAUGAUGACCCAGAUUAGGACGGUGUGCAGUUCAGAAGGAAAUGUCUUUCAGGGGAGUUUAUACCAUAUCAAUGAAAUGUAACGAAUUGACAUUGAAAUAGUCAAAAUGCUAUGCGUAUUUUCUUUUAAGAUUUUUUCGUGAAGGAGGAGAAAACAAAGAAAAAGAAAAGAGAAGGAAUGAAUGUGCUAUUUUUAAGGGAUGGCAGAGGUCAAAGUUUGUAAUGACUUAAACGAACUCUAAGAAAUUUGAGAUUUGUGUCCACGUUCUUUUUCCUCAAGUGCCAGAUCUGAAAUUAGCAUGAGCAAUCAUGGUAGGCUACUUCUUUCUCUGCUCGAAUGUUUUAAAAAAGCGUGUCCAUGUAAAAGUGUUAAUUUUUGUUGAACAUGUUAUCUCUGCUCCUUGUGAUGACGAGGCUUGUCAAAACAAUUUAUGUUGUGCAUGGUCAGAUAUUAAUCUUUAUGGACUACUGCAUCCUAAUGCGGCUUACAGCCAUUGUGUUGAUCUGACCUUAUUCUAGUCCGGCAUGAGCCUGCAACAAGAUAUAGUUAACAAAGGGUCUUCCGCUGGCCUUGUCAUCUGAACAGUUGUUUUACGAGCAUCCCUUGGAUGAAAUAUGUUGGUUGUCGAUUACACUUGUAUUAAAUGCUGAACUAACUGGUCUUGGAAAUAAUGUAAUAGUUUUUUCUAUGAUGUUUACCUUUUUUUAACACCUAGAUUUUUGAAGAUUAAGUGCUUAAAGUGUGCUCCAGACUGAAGAGAAUUGCUUGGUAUGAGACAAAUCCAUGUGACAAUCAAUGCUCCUGAAUGACGUCUAAGUUGCUGCACUAAAAAAAAUGGGAUAUUGAAGUGGCAAGACGAUUAUGUCCAAAAUUGUUCUUGAGGGUUUUGCUUUUGUUCUCGACCAACUGUUUUUAAUAAAAUACUUAAUGUGUGUAAGAGUGCAAUUUGUAACCGGAUGAUUUUCUUUCAGUUUUGAUGUAUGAGCUGUGCUUUUUCCUCACUCAAUUGAGAACUCGCCUGCCUCUUUUAUGUUAGAUCUGAAUCACGCAGCUCAAACUGGAUGGAUACUAACUACAUUUUUUGUAGUGGUUUCCCACAACAGCUGAGUGAACCUUUUUUUUUGGUGUUGUUCACUGAACCGCGCCAUGCACAAGUUUAUCGUUUAGCAACACUCAUUUGUUUGUUCAUCUGUGAUCACACCAUAGGUUUUAUGUUAUUGCAAAGGCCGAUUGACUUUUCCCAUCAGUCAAAACAUUGUGAUGUGAAUGAAACAAUAAAGUUUUGUUUUCCUGAACUUAAA